CUGAAUUCCCGAAAUUAAAACUGUAUUGUAUUCAUUGAAAGGAAUAACACAUUUUUUCUGACCCAAGGAAGAAACUUUCAAAACAACAUGGGUUAUCAGACAUAUAUAUUUUCAUUUUUCGUCACAGCUUGCUUUAUCUCUCAAGUUCUAUCACAGAAUGUGCCGAGAUUAACAGUGACGCCAUCUGGUGGGUUUAUGCAGAUACCAGAAGGAAAUUAUACAGGGGAAGUCGUAGGAAUUCUUACAGCCAAAGACCCGGAUGAUAAAGAAUCUUUAACUAUAGAAAUAGAUCAUACUGAUGCAUCUGGCAGUCUGGUUCAGUUAUCACCACCAGCUGAUUGUGGCCCGGAUUCGUGUGUAACAGUUAAUAUUACAGUAAAUGCUACUUUAGAUAGAGACUAUGAACCAUCUCAAAGACCUCUGUAUUUUAAAGUCACAGAUAAAGAUGGUAAUGUUGAUCAAUUAAGAACCAGUUUACUGAUAACAGAUGUGAAUGAUUGUAAACCAGAAUUUAAAAACCAACCUUACCAAUUAACCGUCCCGGAGAAUGAACCUAUUGGAACAUCUUUAUUGAGAAUAAGUGCGUCUGAUCCAGAUAUAGGCAAUGGGGGCGUCAUCAAACUCAGAUUGGAGGAUCCCCUGAAUAUUGGAAAUCCGUUUUCAUUAAAGGGUGUUGAUCUGUUCCUAACUAAAGCUUUAAAUUAUUCAAUCAACACAUUUUAUCAGCUGGAAGUCCAUGCUAUGGAUAAUGCAGAUCCAUAUAAUAAUGCUACCCCGGCUAAUUUAAUUGUAAAUAUUGAAGAUGUCCAGAAUAGUCCACCAUACUUCAUCUAUCAACCUUACAUUGGGUCCAUUCCUGAAAAUACAGAAACGGGAUACCAUAUUCUUACCGUACAUGCUUUAGAUGGAGACAGAGGUGUUCCCAAUUCUAUAGAAUAUUUCUUUGUCGAAGGAGGAGCAGAACAUAACUUUACAAUAAAUAGUACAUCAGGAACGAUAUCUGUAGCAGGACUGUUAGACGCAGAUGAUGAAGACGUCCAACAGAAUGGAGGUCUCUUUAGACUCACUGUAAAUGCGAGUGAGAUUAUUCCAGCUGGACAGAAUAAUACUGGUAUAACCUGGUCUACUACAUCUGUUUCAAUAACAGUAACAGAUAUAAAUGAUAACAGACCAGUAUUCACCAAACCUGUAUAUCAUGCCAGUGUAGCAGAAAAUUCCCCAAAGGGUAUUCCAUUGACAAUGGAAAAUGGUGAAUUGAUAGAAGUCUUUGAUAUAGAUCAGGUUCCCAACAAUAGAUUUAAUCUGUCUAUCAAUACAGAUAAUCAUCUGUCGUCUGCUUUUGAUACAAUACCUUCCCAAUUUACAACCAUAUACGGCAGGUCAACUAUCAUUCUAAAUGUCAACAAUACAGAAUUUUUAGAUUAUGAAACUAGAACCAACAUAACAAUUCAGCUGAAAGCAACAGAAAAUGCAACAUAUGAAUCCGAAACGAAAAUAAUAGUUUCUAUCCUGGAUGUCAAUGACAACUCACCAAUAUUUGAUGAAUAUCAACGUACUACGUUUAUGGUUCACGAAAACGUUAAUAGUGGAACAUUCGUUGGCAUGAUGAAAGCCACAGAUAUGGAAUCGGGUGUUAUUUACAGCCUUGAUGGAGAUGAGGAUAAUGUAUUUUCUAUUGAUGCUAAUAAUGGCACUAUAACUGUGAAUGGAUCCCUUGAUAGAGAGACAAGAAGCUCUUAUACAAUAUUUGUAAUAGCCACAGAUCAACCAGAGGAUGAAAAUCAGCAGAGAGCAACUCGGAUAAAGAUAACCAUUGACAUAUUAGAUAUAAAUGACAACGCUCCGGAGUUUACACAACUGCCGUCCAGAAGGGAUAUCCCUGAAGAUUCUCAAAAUGGGACAGAACUAUUAACAGUGCGAGCUACGGACAGAGACAAUGGAACCAAUCAGGAAAUAGUCUAUUCCUUGACUGACAAUGGUAACAUAACCGGAUUCUCCAUAAAUCCCGAUUCCGGAUCCAUAACGAUAAGUGGUUCACUGGUUGGUAUGGUUGGGUCCAGGUAUCUAACAGUAAUGGCGAAAGAUAAAGGGAUACCACCUUUGAAUAGUACAGCACACAUCAACCUUUUUGUUUUGGAUGUAAAUCUACAUAGACCUAUAUUCUACAAACCAUCCCACAGAGAUUACAAUCUAUCAGCUGGUAUUUUACCUAGUGUUGAUGUAAUGGAGGAGCAACCAGUUGAAUCAAAUGUUUUUUCAUUGUAUGCCAAUGAUUCCGAUUCUGGUCAAAAUGGAGAAAUACUGUACUCCAUACUUCCUGAUAAUUCUGAUGAUUGGCAGAAAUUUAGAGUUGAUCGGUUAACUGGACAUUUAACAAAUCUUGUUAGUUUGGAUCGAGAAGUUAAAGAGAAUUAUACGAUUGUAUUGACAGCCGAGGACCAGGGUUUACCGUCGUUAGAGACAUCUAUAACAUUACAAAUAGUACUCUUAGAUAUAGAUGAUAAUCCACCAAGCUUCGAAAAUGAAAACAGGGACAAGCCAUUCCAUUUAAGUGUAGACGAAGAAAGUCGUGACGAAGAGAUAGGCCAGAUCUUUUUAGCCACGGAUAAGGAUGCCACACCCAUCGUUUGCUAUUAUAUUAUAGGUGGUGAAAUGGUGAACCACUUCAACUUAAAUAAAACAUCGGGAAUAUUAUCAUUAAUUGGAUGUUUAGACAGAGAGAGAAAAGCCAAAGUUAAUCUAGUCAUUCAAGCCAGUCGAUAUUGUUCCCAGAAACCUCCCGUAACCUCCAAUAAGAAAGAAGAUUUUACGGCAACGUGUCCUCCAGAAUAUGACCCGGAGAAUAAUACUCUGUUAUGGGUUCAAAUUGAAGUAAUAGAUGUAAAUGACCAGCCACCCAAAUUUAAACAAAAUGAAUUAACAGCAGGGUUCCUCUAUGAUGUUGAAUUUGGAACAAUAGUUAAAGAAUUAAGAGAGGAAGUCACCGAUGAUGAUGUUGGCAUUAACGCAAUAACAUACUUCAGAUUAUUGGGCAUAUCAACAAAAGAUAUGGAAGUAGACAUCGGAACAGUUAAACCUUUGAUACUUGAUUCAAAUGGUACUGUUAAAACAAAUAUGUUAUUUUCCUCUGAUAUGACUGGUGCUUUUGUUCUAGACAUUCAAGCUUAUGAUAUCGGAAAUUUGACAAGCGAUGCCCGAUUUGAGAUAUAUAUAAUCAGUGAUAUUCAAAGGUUAAAAUUAGUGUUCAUGAAAACACCCGAUGAAGUUCGAGCUUUCAAAGGCGACCUUAUUGAAGAAUUAGAAAAAGAUUUACAGUUUCGUAUCAUCGUUGAUAAAAUAGCUACUCACCAGAAUUCUGACGGAACUCCUGUCAUAACUAAAAGUGAUAUGUUCAUCCAUGCUAGAUAUUUAGAUACAGACAAGGUUGUUCCUGCUGAAGAAUUAUGGAGGGCUUUCGAUUUCAGUUCUACGGUCCAUGUGAUAUUAGAUAAAUUUAAUGUAAUUGAAACUAGCCCAGUAGCACAACAAGCUGAAAAGAAUGACUCUUCAGAAGAAAACAUGAAAAAGUCGUUAAUUAUUGUUACCUCAGGUCUAGCAUUAAUUGCCAUAACUUUAGUUUUAGUUCUUAUAAAUUUACGAUCAAGAUAUCGAAGACGACUUCGUGCAGCUAGUACUAAAACUUUUGGCUCAUCCAAAGAUGCAGUUCCAGAUCUCAUUUCUCCAGGAACCAAUAAAUACUAUGCUUCUGCAUCCAACCCUGUUUAUAUGAAAGAACUGAAUAUUGAUCUAACAGAAGACUCAAUGAGUCGGAAUUCUAUUGAUGAUAACGAAGUUGGUGACAAAAAGGCCACUGACUCUUCAGAGCCGGAAGAACAAGAAAUUGCUAUCACACUAUAUGAAGAAAACACGUAUAGUUUUAAAGAUGCCAAUCGUAGUUCAGCUUUAGAUUUAGUUUUACAACAAUAUGAAGAAUCUGCAAAAGCUAAGAAGGGCGCUAAUUCUCUAAAUUCAAUAUCCGCCAGUGAUUUUUCCAAUAUUGAUGAUCUGGAGCAUUCAGACAUUUAACUAACAAUGGAUUGUUUGUUUAAAUAUAUUCUAUAAUAUGUCGAUUGUGAACCUUAAUCGUAUUAGAAUACCUUAGACUGUCUUGGCAUCUAUUGCUCUUUUAAUUCAAUAUACAUUGUUAGUAUUGCAUAAUAAAAUAUAUUACAUAUCUGCUUUACCCAGCAUUUUAUUUUUUAAAAUAAGAUAAUAUAUUAAAUUAAUAUAUAUUAAAUAUCUGCUUUAACUAGUAUUUUAUUAUUUGAAAUAGAAUGACAUAUUAAAUUAAGAUUUCCUAAAUAUACGUUUACACAUUUUAUACUAUAAUUUAUUAAAUUAAGACAAGGAUUUCUUGAGUUAAAAGCGUUAUAAAAGUAUUACUGUAAACGUAUUGUUCUAUAAUUAAAAAAUGGGGACAGAACCUGUGUUGAAAACUUUUAUUUUUAAGGAUUUAAACUGCCGUUAGCUGAUAGAUUAUACGGGCUGUAUUCUUAUCUUUGCGAAUCUAUGAAAGAAGGAUUUUAAUGUAAGCGUACACAGCCUUCACCAUAAAUAAAUUAACUUAUAUUAUUAAAUUACUUUUCAAUUCAUAUUCCACGAAGAGGUUCUUUGCAUUUGUCUCAUAAAUUUAUAAAUAUAUACAGUUUUAUGUUGUAUUUUUAGAGCUUUUCUUAUUUUCUGUAUUUGUAUAUUCAAUUCAAUAUUAUUAUU